AUGUAUGCCAAGUACCCCCCCACAAUCAGCAAGGCCCAGUGGUACUUCAGGGCAAUGGCUGGUACAAAGAUUUAUAUGAAAAUAGGGACUUAUCUUGCCCUUGUCUGCCCUUAUCUCAUCAAUGGCAACCAGAUGGCAUUUCUGUCAACCCUAUCUUACACAGAACCUGGCCUUCUAAGGUUCAGGUGGAACCCUGAAAUGACUGUUCUGUCCAUUGACAGGGCCUUGAUUGAAUCAUCCCUCCUUGAUCUGAAGGAGAUGAUGGACUCCUUAUUCUGUGGUUGUCCAUGGCAAGACAUUCUGGAUUACAUUGACCAACACACCAAUCCUCCUGACUUGGAUAAGUGGUUCCUAGACUGA